AUGCCCAGCCUUGAUCCUCGAUCCGGUCCGUCCUACGGUGCAAUGGAACAACGGGAUGACAACGGCAACAUGGAAGGGGACCGAGAUCAACUACUUCAAAAUGGGUACGAAGCCGACGACCGCGAACUCAGUAGUGUCGAGAUGUCGGACGAGGCACAGGAAGGUGUUUUAAAAAUUGAGGCAAUCAAUAUGACUUGGACAACGCGUUCGUUGAUGAUUGCCUAUGUCAGUAUAUUCCUCAUGGCAUUCUGCACGUCAUUAGAAGGCCAGACAGUCAUGUCAUUAUCUGCAUAUGCGACAAGUGCAUUCAGCAAGCAUUCAUUGAUUUCGACGGUCCUUGUCGUCCAAAAUGUUGUUAAUGCUGUGAUCAAACCACCCAUGGCCAAAGUGGCCGAUGUCUUCGGUCGCUUCGAAGCCUUUUGCGUCAGCAUCUUGAUUUACAUCUUAGGCUACAUCCAGAUGGCCGCAUCAACAAACGUCCAGACUUACGCUUCAGCCCAAAUUUUCUACUCUGCCGGCUCCACAGGCUUGCAGAUCCUCCAGCAAGUGUUUAUCGCCGAUAGCAGUGACUUGCUCAAUCGUGCCUUUUUGACGCUGUUACCAGAGUUUCCCUUCUUGGUAACUGUCUGGCUUGGCCCGACUAUUGCCGAUGCAGUCCUGCGAUCAUCAUCGUGGCGAUGGGGCUAUGGUAUGUGGGCUAUUAUUCUGCCUGCUGCUUUCUUGCCGCUCGCGCUGUCGCUGCUAUUGAACCAGCGCAAGGCUCAACGUCUGAAUCUGAUCAAGCCGUCUCGGCAUAAGCGAAAGCAAAGCUUUUUCGGCGUCGUGAAACGGACCUGGUACGAUCUAGAUGUUGGUGGACUGACAUUGUUAUCGGCCGCGGUCACCUUGAUCCUAGUGCCGCUAACUCUAGCAGCCAACUCGAAGAAUGGAUGGGGGAACGCUAAUAUUAUCGUUAUGGUGGUUGUUGGCAUCAUUUGCUUAUGUGUCCUGCCCUUCUGGGAGGGUUCGAAGAGAAUGGCUCCGAAGCCUUUGCUCUCUUUGCAUCUUCUUCGUCAACGGACAGCUCUCGCUGGCUGUGCGCUGGCGUUUUGGUACUUUAUGGCAUUCUACUUCUCUGUCCAGCCAUACCUCUACUCCUAUCUCCAAGUUGUCCAGGGUUAUGACGUCGCUACCGCUGGUCGCGUCACUCAAACCUUCGCCUUUACAUCAACUAUCGCCGCAUUCACGGUUUCCUUACUCAUCAAAUACACCCGACGAUACCGCGUCUUCGUGACUAUCGGCUGCGUGAUCUAUAUGAUAGGUUUAGCAUUUAUGCUCCUAUGCCGAGGUGAAGGCGCCUCCCACGCUCAAGUCCUCGGUGCCCAAAUCAUAGUCGGCUGCGGCGGUGGUCUACUCAACGUACCCGUUCAACUAGGCGUUCAAGCCUCCGCAAGCCACCAGGAAGUCGCAGCCGCGACCGCGAUGUUCCUAACCUCUAUGGAGAUGGGCGGAGCCGUGGGAGCCGCUAUUUCAGGCGCGAUCUGGUCAACGUUCAUCCCGAAGAAGCUUAUGCAGUACCUGCCAGACGAAUCCAAGUCCGAGGCAGGUGAAAUCUUUGGCAAAUUGACCAAAGCGCUAUCCUACCCGCCCGGCUCGCCGACUCGCGAUGCGAUCAAUCGUUCAUACCAGGAGACCAUGAAUCGGCUUCUGAUACUAGCGCUCCUUGUGACGCUGCCGCUCGUCCCGCUCAGCCUGAUUAUGGAGAACUAUAAACUCGAUAAGAUGAGCCCGAAGAGCAGCACCGAUCACGAUUCCAAUAACCCUCUUCCGCUCGAGACAGAGCCCGACUCAGAUGACACACACCACAAGCGGACUUGA